AUGGAGUACUUGUAUGAAGCAAUGGACAAAUCAAAAGAGGAAAUAAAAAGAAGGUUGAAGAACAAAGUUUCUUUGUAUGGACAUUAUGUUAGAGUUAUUGAUACUAGAUGGGACAAACAACUUCAUAGUCCUCUGCAUGCAGCAAGUUGCUUUCUUAACCCUGCAAUAUACUUUAGGCCUUCAUUUAAAAGCCAAAAUGAAGUUCAAAGAGGGUUGCUAAGCACUCUAAUGAGGUUGGUUCCUGAUCCUGACAUUCAAGACAAAAUAAGUUCACAACUUGAUGAGUACAAAAAAUCAAUUUGUGACUUUGGCACAUCACUAGCAAUCCGCCAACGAGAGAGACUAAAUCCAGUUUCAUGGUGGGAGCAAUUUGGACUUGGAGCUCCAGACUUACAAUCAUUUGCCAUUCGUGUGCUAAGUCAAUGUUGUAGUGCAACUGGUUGUGAGAGAAAUUGGAGCACAUUUGAAUAUGUUCACUCAAAAAAGAGAAAUAGAUUGGAACAUAAACGAGUAAAUGAUUUGGUCUUUGUCCAUUAUAAUUUGAGGCUUCGAGAAAGGAACAUUCAAAGGAAUAAGUAUGCAAUGGAUCCUAUAAGCUUGGAUAACAUUGACUUGAUGGGAGAUUGGGUGGCUGAAGAACCUGCACUUCUUAAUCCAGAUGACAUAAAUUAG